GCAGUUAUCAGUUACGUUAGCAACCUCAAAGCAACAACCUUCUCUGUGGGACGUUGCGAGAGAAAUACCACUAGUUUAGAAACUGAUUUCGCCGAAAAAUAUGGAUUUGCUUCUAGGGGAAGAGGAGGAAGAUAGGCCUGGCUCAACAAACACCUUUGAUGUAGGCCGAUCUGCAGAUGAAAUAUUCAAUGUAAAUGAUAGUGAAGGAGAAGAGGAAGGAGAAGAAGAAGAUGUAGGCCGAAAUGGAAAGAAUCCCGGUUCACAAAGAAGAUCUAAUAGGACGUUCAUGACGCAACCUCAGCUGAGCGCAAGAGGAGGGACACGACAAAAAGGGCGUAGCAAGGCACUGGAGACGAGACCUCCCUGGGUCAAGCCGUCAACAAAGAGGGCAGUACCAACACCGGAUCUUAUGGUUACUCAUAUCAACCAGACACAUGAUCAGCUUCGUGCACGGGACAUGUCUGCCAUGUUUAAUGAAGGGCAGACAUCAGAAGACUGGUUGGCAAACCACUCUGUAGAACAUUUCAAACUGACUCUCAAGAACCUAUUAACAAAAGGACAAGUUGUCAAACCCAGUGGUAUGAACCAAAGUGGUCCAGCAAGACACCUUCAGUUUGAAGCCAGUGUAGUGAAUGAGUUUGAAUACAAACUUUAUGAGACUAUCGAGAUGUACCACCACAGGAUUAAAUGGUUAUUGAAAGGCAGCAGAAAGACAUUUGGCAUGGUUAAGGGGCGAAGAAUAGCCAUACUUGUAGACAGCUCUGAUGCAAACACAGGCUUUGGAAGAAUAUCAAUCUUCAGACAGGCACUCACAGAGUUGAUAGAUGAACAGCUACAUGACAGAGAGAUGCUUCAUUUGAUAUCAUUUGGAACAGAAGUAGACUCGCUGUGGGAUAGACCAAGAUUUGUCAACAUCAGAAUGUUGGAUGAAGCGAGGGCAUGGGUCAACCGUAUCCGUGGCAGCGGAGGAUGCAACCUGAUGGCUGCACUGAAGAAAAUCUUCAAAACAAAAGAUAUAGACUCCAUUGUAGUGGUCUUGGGAAGCUGCGCGGACCAAAGUUCUGAUGUCCUUGUGGACUAUGUAUCUCAGACAAUCUGUGGAGGGAGAAUACCCUUGCAUUGUAUAGCAUUUGACUGCAAUAACCAUCUCACAAAUUUAUCUCUGAGAAAGUUAGCAGAAGCAUCAGAUGGACGUUAUCAUGUGUAUUCCUCCGGUGCUGAGGAACAAAUCUAUACAGGCACCGACAUCACAAUACUACUGAGGGAGAUCAAGAGGGCUCAAGACGUCAUCAACAAGAUCGCUGAGAUGAGGCAAGGCAUGAUGGGAGAUGCGUUAGUAAGCAUACUCAAUGAGAUAUCCCUUGAGGUUCAGAAGUUACCCCAGUCUCGAUUCUUACCCAGACCUCCUAACCAUGCUGGCCCUCUUACCAUUGAUGAACCCGCUUCAUUCAUUCCAAAGGCAUCUCAUGACUGGCUUCUACAGAAUGGACUCAAAGCAAAGAAGCUGACAUUAUAUCAGGUACUGGCUCCAAAUGCCUUUGCACCUAUUGAGGAAUUCAUUCCAAUCAUCAGGAAAUCUGUACGCUCUCAAACACAUGAAAAAGCGAUGACUCAGUUUGAAUGGCAUGAUGGUAGCAUCAAGAAUGUCCACGUGGACCCCACUCUCCUGUAUGAUUACCAGAAGCAGCUUGGUGCUAUGGUCAAACUCUAUGAGAGGAGAAUAGACUGGCUCUCCAAAGAUAGCAGGAGACUCUUUGGAACCAUAAUUGAGAAAAAGGUUGUGAUCUUGAUAGAUCUGUCUCUCUCCAAUGUAAACUACCUAGUCCACAUCCAACAUUCAGUAAGGCUACUCUUAGAGCAACAGCUCGCAAACAAAGAAGCCUUUAACAUCAUCGGGUUUGGGAGCACAGCUCGUGCAUGGAGACCAUGCAUGCAGGAACCUACAAUAGCAAACCUACAGAAUGCAUGGAAGUGGGUACUAGGCUUAGAAUGUAAUGGAAGCAGAAACUUCCUAGCUGCUUUGAGAAUGGCGCUAGAGAACGAUGAGGACAGAAAACGACAGUCCGUUGUUGGAGGUCUCUACCUCUUCACCAGCGGUAUCCCAGACCAAUCAUCCGAUGUCAUCUGUUCUUUCAUGGAAGAAGCUUCAGCCGGCCAAUCCAUCAAGGUUCACUCUGUCCUCUUCAACAUUGAUGACUACGACAACGCCGAAGGCACCAUCCCCGGUCGCUAUGCCAACAUCACGCAGACGGCUGAGUGCCUGAGGACGCUGGGCCAUGUGACCUGUGGGCGGUUCCAUUGGUUCCGAGAGACAGGGAUCAUCGAGAGUGAUGAUAUAAAGUUGAUUCUCUGUGAAAUGGAUAAAGCGGUCAAUUAUUCCCAAAAAUGUGCAAUGUUGGUGGAGUCUGUAAAAAGGAGAUCACCAAAAUAUGAUAACAAGACGACAGAAGAGACCAAAAUGCUUCCUAUGAGACCUUCCUCUGCAAAGAAAGCUCUAACAGCUCCUAAACACACUGGACUUAGCUUGGCUAGAUUGCAAAUUCAAGACAAUAAAGAAAGAGAGGAGAGAAGAACAACAGCAUGGAGACCAUCUAGUGCAACUAAGAAAUCCUUAGUGCCUACCCCUCCUGAACCAGUUGUCAACCCACACAGAGCUAACCAUCUGGCCAAGAAUAACAACGAGAAAGAAAAGAAGAAACGUCCUACCAGCGCCAAGAAACAACCCUUCUAUACAGAAAACAAAAAUGAAGUUGGUUCUGUGUACAAACAGUAUCCCGAAGGGAAGAAAGGAGGGAAGAAGAUGGUUCCUCAUCCUUCUAUACCAGACAGGGAAGAUAUCAUGACAUCAAACCUGUGGUUGAAGAAAUAUGGCCUUGGCAAGUUACGGUUGGACCUGACCAAGCUAGUCUCUGGUCCAGACUGUGCCCAUGCAAAGCGUCACAUCAACACACUCAACAAAAUUGUAUCUGCAAAGUAUUGCACCAUAUUUCCAAGUGUUAAUAUUAAGGGAAAAGUUAAGCAUCUCCAACUCCAGGCUCAUGAGCUCCUGGAGUACGAGGAGCAGGUGGAGUCUGUGCUCAGGAGGUAUCUAAGAAGGCUCCAGUGGCUCCUGGGAUCCAGCAGGAGAACGUUUGGUACUGUCGUGGAGAAAAGGGUGGUUGUUCUAGUGGAUACGUCUGGUUCAAUGGUGACCCACAUGGAAGAUCUGAAGAAAGAUUUAGUCUCGCUGAUUUGGGAUCAGUUCAAGAGAGAGAAUAUCAGCUUCAACAUCAUCCGCUUCUCUGCUGACAUAGAGCCAUGGAGGCCACACAUCGUUGAACCUACUGAUACAAACUGCAAUGAUGCAGUGAGAUGGGUAUCAUCCUUUGUACCGGCAGGAAAUACAUGCACCCUAGAAGCUCUUAGUGAGGCAUUCAGAGAGAAGGACGUGGAUGCCAUCUAUCUGCUCACAGAUGGUAAACCGGACAGUAGCACUUCCAAGGUCUUCAGAGAGAUCGCCCAGGUCAACACGGUGCGAGGGGUCAAAGUUCAUACCAUCUCCUUCAACUGCAAUGAUGAGUCUGCUAAUACUUUCCUGCGGCAGCUGUCUGCCAUGUGUAGAGGGCGCUAUCAUCGUAUAUUUGCUGGGAUGGAUGGAGACUUGGCCGUGCAUCGGCUCCUCGAGAGUGACUUCAAGGACACCGAUUAUCCGGUAUUACCUACAUUUGAGAGUGAUGAUCUUCGACUGCUGACUACAGAGAUUGAGCAUGCCAGGCAUUUCUUGGCUCAGUCACAUUCAUUCAGACAGCUCUUUGGAACUACAGCAAAGCCCCAUGAGAAAGACAAAUCAAGAUAUGAUAGGAUAGCCAACAGCAGUCUGAAGCAGCAGAAAACAUGAAGAAAAUUCCCAAAACCUUGUUUAUUUAUGAUGCAGUACUUAACGGUAAUAAUUAUGCAUUUUACUCUUCAAGUCUUGUCGAGUGGUUCAAAAUUGCACGGAUAAACUAUUUACAUCAUAAUUAUUUAUCAUGAGAUCGUGAAUUAUUUUAUUUGUUAUCAUAAUGAUAUCAUAUUGCAUCAUGAGCCAUGUUGAUGUUAUGAGCUUGUAUGUGCAACUCUGAAAAAUUGUAUUUUAUGCUAAUUUCUUUUAACUUGCACUGAUGUUUUAAAAGAAUUUGAUAGCACCACACAUUUUUGUCUGCUAGUGACGAAAUGAAAAUCACUUGAAUCAAGGUACUAUCAGAUAAUUUGUAUUUUCUGAUUUGUAAACGGAACAGCAAAUACAGAACAAUGAGCCAAAACUGAUUCUGAGUUUGUGAUUUAAAAAAAAAGCAAAGACUUAUAAAUAGAAAAAGGCAAUCAGAAGGGAUAUUUUGUUUUGUCAAAGCAAAAACUAAAAUUUAUUGCAACUUAGUGUUUAAUUUUUUUAUUUUGAUAAACACAAAAUGAAGAAUACUAAAAGGUUAUUUAGCUUCCAUUAUGCAGAGAAAUAACAAAUAAAAAUAUUUUGAAGAAAACAGUAAAAAAAAAUUCAUUUGUCUAAUAUUUAUUUUAACAUAUUUCAUUCCUGAUACAAAUUAUUGAUAACUGACAAUUUUUUUGUUUUAAACUAUCAAAAUUAGAAUCAGUUUUCAGUCAGUAUUUCGUUUUUGCUCUUUCUGUUUCCAAAUCAGAAGAACAAAUUAUCUUAAAGUGCCUUGAUUCGCUUGUCCCUGCAGCAUAUUUUUGCUGAUCUUUGUUUCUCGUCUUUGUCGCAUCAUGUUUUGGAAUUGAUGAUUUGCUGACAGGACAUUUUCAGCUGUGUCCAAAGCAAAUUAGUCCGAAAGUAGUUUCCAAAAUAAGUGUUGAACAAGCUGGUUGCAUCUCAUAGGCAUUGUAGAAAAAUCGUUUGGUAUUGGUGAAUUAUGUAUUCACUUGCCUUUUAACGAUGAAAUCUUUCCAUGGUCAUAGUGAUUAAGUGAUACACAGGGUUGACCAAUAUUGAAAACUUCUUCAAUUUUGUUCUUAAAGACAAUCCAUAAUCUCUUUAUUAUGAUUUGACUACUGUUUCUCGCUUAUAAUUCAGGAUAUUUCCACAUAAUUUUAUUUAGUAAUUAUGAAAUGAUUUGCACAGUAAGGUCUUUGAAUUUGAAUUGUUUUGCAAUAUUGUCACUGUGUGGGGUCACUUUUGUCUAUAAAAGACAAAGUUAUAUUACAGAAUGUGUCACUGAAGUCUAUAACUAAAAUGCAUACAUAUAUUUCAAUGAUUUAUGAUGUAUCCACCAUAUUCAGUUGUUAAUGAUUUGUUAUGAAAUUGUGUUUCGUGAUUUCUGUGUAUAGAAGUGGAUUUUUUUCUUGCGCAGCAAUUGAACUUUUUAAAUUUUUGAAAAUGAAAAUUGCUGCAUUUAGAGUAGGUUACCAUAAAUUGAGAGUUGAUUCUUUAUACUUGCCAAUAAGAGAUUAAAUGAAAAAUGUAAUUUUUUUGUCAAUCCCUAAAAGGAAAAAAACCAGAAUAGAACAUUUACUUUGUUUGUUAUGAUACAAAGCAAUUUGUAUUUUUUUCUGAUUAAAAUAUUAGAUGUAUUUUUUGUGAUUAAAAUAUUAGAUGUAAGAUGAAUAACCCUGUUUUGCAAGGGUCUACAAAUCCAUCCUGGUGGGGGAGGGGGGGGGGGCUAUUUCAUGAAGUGAUUUGUCAAUGACUUUCAUGAACAUCUGUUACAAGCUACUGAUGUUCUUGCAUCUGAUUGGCAGGAAGCAGUGUUUGUGAUCAGAAACAUAUUUAUGAGGUGCUGUAGACCAGUGGAAAAGUUUGGGUUCAAUACCCAUUGCUGCACUUUCAUCUGUUGGCAUGGUUUAUAUCUACAUUAGCCACUCUCCACCCAGGGGAAGUACAGGGUACCUGGUACGAAGACAUUUUAUCAAUGUUUAAGCACAUGACUGCUCUACAUGUACCUGUGCUAAAGCCAUGAUAAUAUUAUGCCACUCUCGGGGAAAAUGAAUCCCUAAUUAUUAAAUGUUAACUUAUUAUUAUUGCAUCCAUGAUAGUGAAUACCGAAGUGGUGUAAAAUUUAAACGAAUCUAUCCUUACUUUAAUCCCCAAUCAAUUAAUUGUUUUUAUUUGUUUUGACUGAUCCUUAUACUACACGAAAGUUACAUAAUUGAGAAAAGGGUGAAGAAAUCAAUGUUUAAGAAACCACAAAAGCAGAAAAUUAAAUCUUGAGAUAGUCUAGUGAGAAAAGAUGACUUGAUAAGUAGCUUUUUGUAUGAGUAUUCAUUAGUUUGCAGUUUGGGGAUUAUGAUAGGAGUACAUGACCUGUCUCUAGACAACUGUAUCCUUAUAUGUUUAAACCAAGUGUUUGGCUGGUGUCACUCAUAUUUUAAUCUACUAUACUGCCAUUAUAGAUGUGUUUUUUUAAAGUAGUUUUCAUGUGUGUGUAUUAUGAAUUACAUGCAAGUAGUUCAUAUGUAAAUUGUCUCCAUGUAUGUAUAAAAUGAAAUGGUGUAAUGUACAUCUAGUAGUGCAAAUAUCCUCUGUAAUAUUACUUCAUGAAAUUAGCUUGUACAUAUCAUUGCUGGCUGUAGUGCUUGCUAUUUAAACAAAUUAUUUUCUUUAUUCAGCUAUAUAAUAUUUCUCUAGUGCAUGUUUGGUCUUUUUUCUCACUAUUUCUCAAGUUAUGUUUUUAUUGUCUCACCUGCAUAGCAGAGCGAGACUAUAGGCGCCGCUUUUCCUACGGUGACGGCGGCGUCGUCAACAUUGAAAUCUUAACCAAGGUUUUUGAAAUGUCAUCAUAACUUAGAAAGUAUAUGGACCUAGUUCAUGCAACUUGGACAUAGGGGUAAUCAAGUAUUACUUAAUAUCCUGCCUGAGUUUCAGGUCACAUGACCAAGGUCAAAGGUCAUUUAGGGUCAAUGAACUUAGACAAUGUUUGGGGAAUCAAUAUCAAAAUCUUAACCAAGGUUAAGUUUUUGAAAUGUCGUCAUAACUUCGAAAGUGUAUAGACGUAGUUCAUGAAACUUAAACAUAAGGGUGAUAGUGUAUCAUUAAAGAUCCUGCUUAAGUUUCAGGUCACAUGACCAAGGUCAAAGGUCACUUAGGGUCAACGAACUCUGAUAAUGUUGGGGGUAUUUGUGGAAUCGUCAUAACUUUGAAAUUUUAUGGAUCUAGUUGAUGAAACUUAAAGACAUAAGAGCAAUUAUGUAUCCCUGAACAUCCUGUGCAAUUUUCAGGUCAAAUGACCAAGGUCAAAGGUCAUUUAGGGUCAACGAACUUUGAUAAUGUUGGGGGUAUUUGUGGAAUUGUCAUCAUAACUUUAAAAGUUUAUAGAUUUACUUCAUAGAAACUUGGGACAUAAGAGUAACCAUGUAUCCCUGAAUAUUUUGUGUGUGUUUCAGGUCACAUGACCAAAAUCAAAGGUCAUUUAGGGUCAACGAACUUUGAUAAUGUUGGGCGGUAUUUGUGGAAUUGUCAUCAUAACUUUAAAAGUUUAUAAAUCCAGUUCAUGGAAACUUGGGACAUAAGAGUAACCAUGUACAUGUAUCCCUGAAUAUCUUGUGCUUGUUUAUGGUCACAUGAACAAAAUUAAAGGUCAUUUAGGGUCAGUGAACUUUGGCUGUGUUGGGGGUAUUUGUUGAAUUGGCAUCAUAACUUAGAAAGUUUAUGGAUCUACACAGGUAGUUCAUGAAACAGAGACAUAAGGGUAAUUGAGUUGUUUUGCACAUGUCUGAGGUCACAUGAUCAUGGUCAAAGGUCAUGUUGGGUAAAUGGACUUAGUAUUUUAUUAUCAUGAGUGUUUUCUUUAAUGAAUAAUUAUUUAAUAGCUGUUUUCAAAGUCAGCACUGCUGGUAUAUCAAAUCGCGUAAUGCAGGCUAGACUGCCAGAGGCGUUCCACUUAUUACUUUCCUAUUCGCAUUGGAUGAUAUGUGUGUCGUUCUACUUUUUUUGUGCCAAUUUGUGUAUAGAGAAUAUAAGAAUGAAUUAAAAAUCACCUUGAAAUUGUAACCAAAUAAUUUAUAUAUUGUUUGAAACAUAAAUAAUGUUAGAUUAUGGCAUGAAUGUAUUGUAUUCAUUGCAAAUCUGAUAAUAACUUGUGAGGUUCUCUACAACUGUGUUUUGCUAUGUGACUAUGUCAUAUGAUAAGCUACAGAAUUUCAAUCUAAAAAGAGUAAUAGAUAGACAUAGGCCUGUAUUCUGAAGUCUGAAGUCUCAGGCUGUGGUCUAACUAUGCGCUAAAAUUAUGGAAAGCCAAAAUGUCAAAAUUUUGUUAACAUUGAUGUUUCCUAUUAUGUUCACUGUGCUUUUUAUUCAUGCUAAAAUGGCAAAAACAAUUGAAUUAUAAUUCCCAGACAGUUAUCACUGAUCUGGGAAACAGAUAAGCUGAUAAAUUGAACCUUUACUGUUAGAGAUUUGUUUCACAAUUGGCUAUUCAUGGUUAAACCACAACUUCAGACCAGAGUUUAAAUUAAACCAAUGUUCAGAAUACGGGUCAUUGAGAUUAAUUCACAAAAAUGUUACAGUACAAAAGCUUUAUUUUGAUCAAAUUCCCCAAUUUAUUUACAUAAAUGUGCAAUUUCUCCCAUUUGGCAUAUAUUGAGGCUUUAAUGUAUAUGAGAUUCCAUUUGGUUCGUACAUUUUAAAUCAAUUAAUUUUUUACAUCAAUUGACAUUGAACUGCCAACUUAUUUAAAAGUCUUCUAUUUUCUGAUAUAGAUUUUGAUCUAAAUCUUUCAUAUGGAAAAAGAAACAAUUAUGCUGUGUAGAUUCUGUCUUGACUUUCUGUUCAAUUUCAAGAUAUCAUGUGAUGUUUGUAUAAUUGUUUAUGUACUCUGUAAUUUGAUGAUUGAUAUAUGUGAUUAUGUUGGAAAUAUUGUAUAUUCUCUCUGGCUCGGCUGUCUCAUCUACUAUGAUAAUAGAAUAAUCAGCUGAAAUGAAAAAUUUAA